AUGACUUCAAAUGAAAUCUUGGAAAUCGCACAAAACUUGAAUAGUUUAAAACCAUUAAAAAAAGAACAGAUUUUGUUGAACUCAACUAAAGAAAAUCCAAAGAUUUUUUCAAAAAUCAAUGAUCUUAUAAAUGAAUACAACGACAUCACGAUCAAUUUACCAAUAAUGAAAUUAUUAGCCCCGUCAAAAUUAUCAAGAGCGAAAAAAACUCCGAGACCUCAAAAUCUAUUCAUAUUAUAUCGUAGAAAUCUUUCAAAAGGAUUAUGUAAAAUUAAUCCAAAAUCCGUAGGUAAAUCUUCUCAAGUAGCCUCGUUAUUAUGGAAAUCAAUAUCAGAACGCGAAAGGGAAUUUUGGAGACAACUUUCUAUAAUAGCAAAGGAAAAACAUAACACAAUAUAUUCUGAUUAUAAAUAUGAACCCAAUAAAAAGAAAAAACGAAACCGGUAUAAAGUUUCUUCUAAAAAAAUAAAUAGAAAAGAUAACCCCCAAAUAUUCAUUAAUACAUUACCAGAUCUAUCCCCAUAUGUAAAUGAACCUUCAACUACAAUCUUGAAAAAUGAACAAAUUCAUUCGUUGACCCAAAAUUUAGCUCAAAACAUGUUACCAUCUGUACCUUCACAACAACAACAUCCACAAUAUCCACAACAUCCAUAUCCACAACCAUAUCCACAACUACAACAACAACAACCAAUCGAUCCCUGCUACGUUCCCAUAGAAUUGCCACACUAUUAUUAUCAACCAGCACUAACCGUCAUACCUACAAUUCCUACAAUAUCCCAUCCUCAGUUUGUCAUUACAUCUCCAACUGUUGGAAAUGAAUUAUACAAUACGUCAUAUGAUUUAUCAAGUUCAGUUAACCCUGACCCGUUAUUAUUAAAUCUACUCAAUUAUGAUGACUCAUUCAAUUAUAAUUAUUAUUAUUAUUAUUCCUAA